AUGAGGAGGCAUCCACCGUUUAGAGUCUUCGAACACUGGCUUCUUGAUUAUGAGCCUGUUGUAGGCGUUUUGGAUAAUCAACAGCAUUAUGGGGCAAUCUGGGCCAUUGAGAAAGGUCGGACAAUAUGUAACAAGACGGACAGUCCCCUUGUGAUACCAACAGUAUGGUUCGAUGGUCUCUUCAAUGCAUAUCAUUAUAAAUCUAUUAAGCAUCUUUUCCCUUACCGCACGCAGUAUGAAAAAAUAAGCUGGUGGUCGCUGCAUAGGUACAUGUUUACUGCCGUCGAACUGAUUUUUCGAGGUCAGGCAUUGAUGUUUGUGCCUGUUACUGCGGGUAAUCCCGCCCAUCGCUCAUACCCAAAGUCUUUAAAGGAAAUAGACACAUACUGGAGAGACUACAUCGACACAAUUCGAGAGGAAGCUCCUCUAGUUUACAGAAAUCAACCCUUAUUUGAAGAUUUUAGGCAGAAUCUCGAGAACUACGUUAUCAACACGAAAACAUAUUGCAUGAAUGUAACACGUCAUCAAUCUAUUAAACCAUACGCUCAUUUUGAUAGUCAGACAGAGAUGUAG